AAAAAAAACCUUUUUCAUAUAUGCCGAAAGACUCACUGUUGGCACACACACCCUCUCUCUCUGUCUCUCUCUCUUUCUUUUUAGUCUGCUUUUUGGGUAUCCUCUCUGUUGACGAGUGUUGUUACCUACGCUGUGAGUCUGUGAUUGUUCGUCCUCUGUCGAUCUGCACGAAAGGGCUUCGCUAAUUCCUCCAUAUACAAUAAUAAUCUUAUAGUUUUUUGUUGUCUAUACAAAAUACCCACAUAUAUACAUGAAUUAUACAUAUGUACACACACAUAUAAAGGAAUUGUGAAACGAAAGUAGACAGCUUUAUACCCAAUGGAGGCCAUUAAAAAGCAAGCAACCAAACUAAGGGAACAAGUAGCCAAACAGCAACAGGCAAUUCUGAGACAGUUGGGACAUUUAGGUUAUGAAGCUGCCUUGGUUGAUGAUGCUGAACUUCAGUGUCACCAGCAACUUCAAAAUCUUUACAUUUCUACAAGAUCAGCUAAGCAUUUUCAAAAAGAUAUUGUACGUGGUGUUGAAGGUUUUAUUUCAACAGGCAAAAAACAAAUGGAGAUUGCAAGAAAAUUAGCUGAAGAUUGUUGCAAGUAUGGGACUGAGAAUCAAAGUGCCGGAUCUCCUCUUGCAAGGGUUGCUUUUCAGUUUGGUACCUCACACAGAUCAAUGGAAAAUGAGAGGGAGGCAAUGCUCGGAAUCCUUGGUAGUCAGGUUUCUGAGCCAUUACGGGCAUCAAUAACAGGAGCUCCUUUGGAGGAUGCUCGCCAUUUGACUCAUCGUUAUGACAGACUCCGCCAAGAAGUGGAAGCACAGGCAGUUGAAGUGAUAAAGCGUCAAUCAAAGUGUAAAGAUCCUUCCAUUUCAGCAGAGAUUUCAAUAAAGCUUCAAAAUGCAGAAAGAAAAUUGAAUGAACUUAGGUCUGCAUUGAUGGCCCUUGGAAGGGAAGCAAUCACUGCUAUGUUGUCAGUGGAGGAUCAGCAGCAAAGGACCACUUUCCGAAAGCUUCUUACCAUGGUGGGUGCUGAGAAAUCUUAUCAUCAAAACAUCAUUGCCACUUUGGAUGAGCUACAUGCUGAGAUGAUACUGGAGAAGCAACUAAACGAGUCUUCAUCGCAAUCAGUGACUAUGCAGAGAGAUGCAGAUGUUUCACCUGUGCUUGAUGAUACUAUUUCAGAUGGACCUGAUGUUCCUCAAGAUGAGCAUCAAAAUGAUACCUACUUCAUUGCGAAAGUUAUACACUCAUUUGAUGCUCAAGCAGAAGGUGAACUAAGUCUUUCAGUUGAUGACUAUGUUGUAGUUCGCCAGGUGGCUCCUACGGGAUGGUCUGAAGGUGAAUGCAAGGGUGAAGCUGGAUGGUUUCCCUCUGCAUAUGUAGUAAGGCAAGAUAAAGCUCCACCACCGAGUAAGGCAAUGGAAGCAAAUUCAUCACCCUGAAUUCUGCAUUCUGUUGUUAUGCCGCUUUGCUCUAAAGAGUGUAUACUUUGGCAGUUAUGCAACAAUGGCAUAGUGAUGGUGGAGUGGAUAAUGGUUGUUGUGAUAGAUGGUAGAGGGGUGGUGGUGCUGAGGUAGGAGGGGGUGACCAUUGCUGCAGAUGGUGUGCAUGAAUAGUUGUAGGUCGGUACUUAUGGCGACGAUGACAAUGAUUGUAAGGUAGUUGUUGCUUUUCACAUAAAAAUGUAACUUUUCCUCUUUUCCCCCCAACAGACUUUACUCCCAAAAAAAAUAAAAAAAUCUAAAGCACUCUGUUUGAAUAUAUCAAUACAAUAUUUAAGUACACAAGCCACUGAAUACAAUAUUUACAGAAAAAGUGCAUACCAAAUUGGCAAAACUAAACAUAUAAAUAAAUAAUUUUGCAUAUUCUUCCAAGGGGACCAAUUAUUGUGAUCCGAAAAUAAUAUACAAAAAUGGCAACAACAAACAAUCUUUCUGAAACAUGGCAUAAACUAAUUUAGAAAAUGUCAUGUACAUUUAAUUUGGGAAUACAGCUAGAGAGGGAUUACAGAAACAUAUAAAGGAGAACAGGAAAGGAGAAAAAGGAUGAAAUAGAUCACUCUCACAAGUGGAAAUUGCAUUCAUGAGUAGAAAGAAAACCGAGCAUGCAUCCAAACUGACCUGUAAUGCCAUUCACGACAAACCACCAACUCCAUAGACAACUAG